CAUGGCAAAGAGCACCUCCGAGAUGGAACCACUUAAAUUCUGGUAUUUGAAUCAGCUCCUCCAUCGGCAGAAGACUCUUGGUCGAGACGGAACUCUGGGGCAACUCAUAAAUGCCAUAGGGGUGUUGAUGGUCGAUGCUCAGGAUUGUUACCAAGGACCAAUUGGUGGUAGUGAUGAACUUUUCAUAGAAAUUAUGAUAGUUGAUGGCUGUUUCAUUAUCGAGUUGUUCCGUAAAUUUGAUGGAAAACUAGUUCAACGAGACGACACCGACCCCGUAUUUAAUUUGUCAUUCAUGAUCACCCAUCUGACUGGAGAUUUGCUUUUGCUUGAGAACCAACUUCCUUGGUCUGUUCUCGAGAUCUUGUUCUUGCUAACCAUGGUUCCUGGAGAAGAAACCACUUCCCUUUCUGGUCUUGCCCUCCAAUUCUUUGGGAGCAUGAUGCUCUUGUCAAAAAAACCUGUGGCACAGAGUAGUACACUCAAAAACAUGCAUUUACUUGGCUUCAUACGCAACACUUUGAUUUCCCAGUUUAAGUUCGAGGAAGGAGCAGAUUACAGUGAAUGGGAUCCAAUUCCAUGUGCAACCAGUCUUGUAGACGCUGGAGUGAAGCUAAGGUUGGGCAAUGCUGACAACAUUUUAAACGUAAAGUUCGACAAUGGUAUAUUGGAAAUUCCGCCAGUGUUGAUUCAGGAGAACGCAGAGUCGCUAUUUCGAAACCUUAUUGCUCUCGAGCAGUGCGACAAAAUUUUUACCGAUCAAAUCAUCACAUCUUACGCUAUACUCCUGGAUUACCUCAUCAACACCAGCAAGGAUGUGGAUUUUCUCCAUCGGAAAGAAAUUCUACAAAAUGUCUUGGGCGCUCAAGACAUUGCUUCUUUCUUCCACAAGCUUUUCAAUGAUACCUUUAUCUGGAAUUUCUAUUAUAAAGGUCUUUCACAACAAGUGAAUGCAUAUUGUCGAAGGCGUUGGCCAAGGUGGAAAGUAAGCUUGAAGCGUAAUUAUCUCAACACUCCAUGGGCCAUCCUUUCGAUCGUUGCUGCUGUUGUGCUGCUCAUACUCACCUUCUUACAGACCUUGUAUACCAUCGUUAAUUAAUGGGCAAAUUUCUUAAACUAUCC